ACAGCUCGCAGCGUUCAGUACGUAACGAGAAGUUGCCUCGCGCGGUUUGGCAGCACGCAAGCCAUAUAAAAAGUGAACUAGCGGCCGAGAGAGCGCGCAACCAAAUGUAACUGUUGUUCAAAACCAACCGCACAACUGGCCAAUCACAACAAACUCUAACUGUCCAAUUGGCUACCCAGCAAACAAUUGCAAAUGCAAUAAAAAGUAUUCUAAAGAAAAAGUAAACAAAUUUUGCCGCCGACAUCGCAGCUGCUGCUGUGAGCCUUGACGGGAUUAGAGGCCGCGCCGCGGACAGGUGCGACGAGUCGCUCAUCAAACGGCGAUUAUCAGUUGCGAUCGUAAAUCAGAUAGAAGGCAUACAGUGAGAUAGAGGCCAGUCGGCAGGCAGGGCAGGGCAGGGCAGGGCUGUGCGAUAUGUUGGCCACGCCCAGCGCUGGCAAAGCGCCCACAAAGCCAACCAGCGAGCGGCCCAAUCUGAACAAUGGCUAUCUGCAGGCGAACGCGCUCGAGGAGCUCAGCUCAACUGCGGUCUCGCCGCUGCUCGGACAACAGCAGCCGUUGCCAGCACAGCAACAGUUGCCGCAACCACAGCAGCAGCAGCAACAACAUAAAUUACCCACUGUGGUUUUUCUCAGCCCCGACGGCAGCGGCGCUGUGGGCAGCGCCUUGCAACGCAAUGCGCCAGCUCCAGCUGCAGCAACAGCCCCAACUACAGCUCCAGCUACGACUCCAGCUGUUGCCAGCGACUGGCUGCUGCUGAAGGAGGCGCAACAUCGGCGACGUCUGCUGGUCCUGGCCAUUGCCUUCACGGUGCUGGGCGCAGCCAUCGGCGCUUUGGCCAUUUACUUUGCCAGCGUCCAUCAGCAAUGCCAGCUCUAUCAGCGCAACGUGCCACAGGAUGCAGGCGAUGGCAGCUUUAACCUGGAUGGAGGCAACAACAACAUCUGCAUGACACAGGAAUGCGUGCGAACAGCUGCUUCGCUGCUGUCCGCCAUGGACCUAACGGCCGAUCCGUGUGAAGAUUUCUUUCAAUUUGCGUGCGGCACAUGGAAUAAGAUGCAUCCGAUACCGGAGGAUCGCAGCUCGAUCAGCACCUUUGAGGUGCUCUCCGACCAGCAGCAGCUGGUCUUACGUGGCGUCCUGGAGGAACCGAUCGAUGAACACGACAAUGCGGCUACGAUCAAGGCGAAGGCUUUCUUCAAGAGCUGCAUGGAUCUGCCUCAGAUACGCAAGAUUGGCGUUGAUCGGCUUAAGCAGGUGUUGCGCUCUCUGGGCGGUUGGCCCGUGAUCGAGCGCAACUGGCAGCCGCCAGCGAACUUGAGCGUGGAACAGGUGAUGGGUCAGCUGCGCUUCAACUAUAGCGAAUCGGUGCUGAUCGAGCUAUAUGUGGGCGCCGACGAUAAGAACAGCUCGGUGAACAUUAUCCAGAUGGAUCAGCUGCAGUAUGCGCUGCCCUCGCGCGACUAUUACCUGAAGCCGAGCAGCGAGAACGAUCGCCAGGCAUAUCACAAGUAUAUGACACAGAUCUCGCUGCUGCUGGGCGCUGAUCCGGCGACGGCAGCCGACGAGCUGCUGCAGGUGAUCCAGUUCGAGACGGAGCUGGUGAACGUGUCGCUGGCGGAGGCCGAUCGUCACGAUACGAGCGCCAUUUAUCGCAAGCUGACGCUGCCAGAGCUGCAGCAGCAGGUGCCGGAGCUGAACUGGACAGAAUAUUUGCAAACGGCUGUCGGCGCGGGCAUCCAGCUGGACGCCAAUGAGCCGCUGGUGACCUACGGCCUGGUCUACCUGACCGAAAUGGGCCGGAUAAUGCGCGAGACAGAUCUGCGAGUCGUUCACAACUACAUGCUCUGGCGCCUGGUCAUGUCGCUGAUGACGCACAUGAUCGAUGAGUAUCAGCGCGAGCGCGUGGAGUUCCGUAAGAUCCUGCUGGGCAUACAGUCGGAGCGGACGCGCUGGUCCCAGUGCGUCGAGUGGACCAACAAGAAGCUGGGCGUUGCCGUUGGCGCUCUGUUCAUACGCGACAAUUUCAACCAGGACAGCAAGGAGGUGGCCCUGGAGAUGAUACACAAUAUCAGAGCAGCGUUCAAUGAGCUGCUCGCCGAGAACCAUUGGAUGGACGACGAGACGCGCGCCGUGGCCAAAGAGAAAGCGGACUCGAUGAACGAACGCAUCGGCUAUCCGGAGAUACUCACCAACAUCACCGAGCUGGAGCAGGAGUACGUGAACCUGACGAUCGUCUCGGAUAACUUUCUGGACAAUGUGUUCAGCAUUUUGCAAUGGGAGUCGGAGAAGGUGCUCAACUUGCUGCGCCAGCCGGUGGACAAGGAGAAGUGGACCACAGAGCCCGCCGUGGUCAAUGCCUUCUACAAUCCCAACAAGAAUGAUAUAGUAUUUCCGGCUGGCAUUCUGCAGCCCCUGUUCUACAGUCAACAUUUUCCGAAGUCCUUGAACUAUGGCGGCAUCGGCGUGGUGAUCGGCCAUGAGAUCACCCAUGGCUUCGAUGACAAGGGACGGCAGUUCGAUAAGGAGGGCAAUAUGAUGCAGUGGUGGAACAAUGCCACAAUUGAGGCAUUCCGGGAGCGCACCCAAUGCGUCAUCGAUCAGUAUUCGCGCUACAAGAUCAACGAGGUGGACAUGUUCAUGGACGGCCGCAUGACCCAGGGCGAGAAUAUCGCCGACAAUGGCGGCCUCAAGCAGUCAUUUCGAGCCUACAAGAAGUGGGAGAGGCUGAACGGACGCGAGCAGCAGCUGCCGGCGAUCAAUAUGACGCACGAUCAGCUCUUUUUUCUCAACUAUGCGCAGAUCUGGUGCGGCAGCAUGCGGCCAGAGGAUGCGUUAACCAAGAUCCGAUCUUCGGUGCACUCGCCCGGCUUUGUGCGCGUUCUGGGGCCGCUUUCGAAUUCGCGUGACUUUGCGCAUGCCUACGGCUGUGCCGUGGGCACCACCAUGAAUCCGGCGGAGAAGUGCAGCGUCUGGUAGUCAUGAGAACACAAUCACUAGUUCACGAUCAUCAGCAUGUUCUUGGCAACUAAUCGCGAGCAAACGAGCUCACGGUCAUGAUCACAAACUAGGUCAUGAUCGUGCUUGAACUGCUUUAAGCUGAUCGUGAUCACAAUCGCCUGUCUAUGGUCAAGUUCUUCGUUAAUCAUGCUCUGAGUCAUUGCCACCGUCGCUUGCUAGUGAUCAGGCCAGUGCUUUUGAUCACAAGUGAUCACGAUCGAGGUCCUGUUCAAGGCUGUCGAUCAUGAUCAUGACUUACUACUUUUGAUUUUGAUCACGAUCGAGCACUUGUUUCAAAAACAACAAUCAAACGUCAAUUGAUCAUGAUCAAUAUCUAGUCUUCAAUAUAGCAUUAGCUGGAUGACGAUCGCGAUCAUGCUUCUAAGUCAUGGUAAGGAUCAUGAUCGACAAUUGCGCUCGAGGUCAAAGUCAAGAACAUGCUCAUCAUCGUGAGCCCGAUUAUGCUCAUGUUUUGUAUAAGCUUAUUUUUAUAUAUCUAUAUAUGA